ACUAGGCUAGAGCUAGAGCUCUGAAACGGCACCAGAGAAUUCAUACUGGAGAAAGACCUUACAAGUGCUCAUAUUGUGACAAGAGUUUCACUGUGUCUAGAACCCUAAAAUCAUAUGAGCGACUUCAUACAAAAGAGAAGCCUUACCCCUGCCCUCCAUGUGGGAAGAAGAGUUUAAAUGUUUAUCAAACCUGCAAAGUUUGUGGAAUGUGAAAAAAAGAGCAAAAGUAGCUCUAUCUGCUGAUUACUCGUCACUGCAGUGAGCAUAAAAAGCAUUAUUUCAUAAUCACUAUACACACAGGUUGUUUGUUGAAACCUGGAAGCCACAGAGACAUCUUUUUUUUUUCAUUUAACAACAUACAAUAUUUAUAAUUGAAUGAUUGUCUCUAUUCAUUAAAAUGCUACUCAGUUGGCGUACUGUUUUUCACAUACUAGUUAGAAGUAUUACAUUUUGGAUGCAGGGUUUGUUUCUAGUAUGCCCAGAAAGAACUUGAUAAGCUGGUUCAGGUGUGUUUAAGUGUUUAAUUGGGGUUGGAGCUGAACUCUGCAAGACUGUGGCUCUCCAGGAGUAGGAUUGGACCCCCGUGAUCUCUAGAUUAAUAGUUUGGUGAAAAGCUUAUGAUUGAUGGAAUUCUUUGUGUGAAGACCAGAAACUCCUUGAUAGAAUAUCAAUGAGUCUUCUAUUAUCUUCAGUAAAUAAAAAGCAAGCUAACAACUUAAAUUUUUGCAUAAACUAACUGAUGUAUAAAUUAAUUUCUUACCCAUGCUUCCCCCUUUCCUUUUGAUACCGCUUCCCCCUCCCCCCAUUAGCAAAUUAUAUUUUUUCUCUGUAUUUUGUUGACAAUGGGUGCAUUAUUUAUAAAUUUUGUGUUUGUAAACUAUGUAAAAUAUGUAAACUAUUUUUUGCAGCAUUAAAAAAAACAAUCAAACCUCUAAAUACGUUUUGACUAUACUAAAUAAUACUAUUUACGACCCAUGCGCAGAAGUAAAUAGAGACAUUUCUAGUCACAAUUAUGUUUUCAGAUGGGCUAUGUGAACUAUACCCGCUCCUAGUCGAAUCUGCUGUUGUGUGACAUGAAACUUGAUUUACUCAUCUCAAGCCCUACUCUACAGUCCCGCCCAAUGCUAGUGCUAACUGCUAAGAACUGUAGUCUGCUGCUUUUUGUUGUCAUGUAGAGAAAAGCUACUUCAGGAAUUAUUAAAUAACACUGGAUGCAUUGAUGUGUGGUAAAAGCUCUCCAGCAUGUCAGAUCUGGUCCUGUGGGUGUCAGUAUCACACAGUGAUCACAGUUUACACCUGCAGUGAAGCUCCUCCCACAACAAUUCACCAAUAAAUACUGGGAAUAUUCACAUCAUCCUACAAGAGAAGGACAAACUCCAGGUGUAGCAGCUGAAAUCUGUGUGACUGUUAAAGAUGGAGUUUAUUAAAGAGGUGAUUGAAGACUUGAGUGAUCCAGAACCAUCCAGAAUAAAACAUGAAGAUACUGAGGAACAAAUAGACUGGAUGGAGAUGAAACUGCAAAAACAUGAACUGAAUGAAACAGUGGAGGAAAAGCAGAGCAUCAAAACUCAAAGAACAAACGCUAAAAAGCCACACACCUGCUCUCACUGUGGAAAGAGUUUCAGACAAAAAGGAAACCUAAAUAAACACAUGAGAAUUCACACUGGAGAGAAACCGUAUACAUGCACUCAGUGUGGAAAGAGUUUUUCACAAUCAUCUGGUCUCAGUGAUCAUCUACGUGUUCACUCUGGAGAAAAACAUUUUAAAUGUGAUCAGUGUGAUAAAGUUUUUAUUUCUUCAUCAAAUCUAAAACAUCACCUGAAAGUUCAUUCAGGUGAGAAGCCUUAUGUGUGUUCUGUCUGUGGAAAGAGUAUUUUAUGGCUUCGUCAUUUUAAAGUGCAUCAGAAAUCACACAAUGAAGUGAGAGAUCAUGUCUGUUUGGACUGUGGGAAGAGCUUUACUAGAGUUGACAAUCUGAAACAGCACCAAAGAAUUCAUACUGGAGAAAAACCUUACAAGUGCUCAUAUUGUGACAAAAGUUUCUGUCGUUCUGAAAAACUGAAAUUACAUGAGCGAGUUCAUACUGGAGAAAAGCCGUACCACUGUACUCAGUGUGGAAAAAGUUUUUCACAAUCAUCUGGUCUCAGUAAUCAUCUACGUGUUCACUCUGGAGAAAGACCUUUUAAAUGUGAUCAGUGUGAUAAAGAUUUUAUUUCUUCAUCACAUCUAAAACGACACCUGAAAGUUCAUUCAGAUGAGUUUAUUAAAGAGGAGAUUGAAGACAUGAGUAUUUCAGAACCAUCCAGAAUAAAACAUGAAGAAACUGAGGAACAAAUAGACUGGAUGGAGAUGAAACUGCAAAAACAUGAACUGAAUGAAGCAGAGGAGGAAAAGCAGAGCAUCAAAACCCAAAGAACAAAAUAUAAGCUACACACCUGCUCUCAGUGUGGAAAGAGUUUCAGACAAAAAGGAAACCUAAAUGCACACAUGAGAAUUCACACUGGAGAAAAACCGUUUACAUGCACUCAGUGUGGAAAAUGUUUUUCACAAUCAUCUGGUCUCAGUAAUCAUCUACGUGUUCACUCUGGAGAAAAACCUUUUAAAUGUGAUCAGUGUGAUAAAGAUUUUAUUUCUUCGUCACAUCUAAAACAACACCUGAAAGUUCAUUCAGAUGAAAAGCCUUAUGUGUGUUCUGUCUGUGGAAAGAGUAUUUUAUGGCUGCGUCAUUUUAAAGAGCACCAGAAAACACACAAUGAAGUGAGAGAUCAUGUCUGUUUGGACUGUGGCAAGAGCUUUACUAGAGUUGACAAUCUGAAACAGCACCAAAGAACUCAUACUGGAGAAAAACCUUACAAGUGCUCAUAUUGUGACAAAAGUUUCUGUCGUUCUGAAAAACUGAAAUUACACGAGCGAGUUCAUACUGGAGAAAAGCCGUACCACUGUACUCUGUGUGAGAAGAGUUUCAAAUGUAGACACGAUCUCAAAUAUCAUCUGCACGUUCAUUCUGGAGAAAAACCAUUUAACUGUGAUCAUUGUGGUAAAAAUUUUAUUAUAUCAUCACAUCUAAAACGACACCUGAAGGUUCAUUUAGAUGAGAAGCCUCACUUGUGUUCUCUCUGUGGAAAGAGUUUUUCAAGUCUUUAUUAUUUUAACCUGCAUCAGAAAACACAUACUGAAGUGAGAAAUCAUGUGUGUUGUGAAUGUGGGAAGAGCUUUACUAAAGCUGGCUGUCUGAAACAGCACCAAAAAAUUCAUACUGGAGAAAAACCUUACAAGUGCUCAUAUUGUGAAAAAGGAUUCACUCAGUCUGCACACCUGAAAAAACAUGAGCAAGUUCAUACUGGAGAGAAGCUGAAUUAAUGUACUCUGUAUGGGAAGGAUUUUAAACAUUUGUCAAGCCUUUCCACUCAUCUGAAAAAAAUGUUGCAGUUUCAAUGUCGCAUACAUUCAAGUAAACUUAUGAGAUAGAAUAUGGAAAAGCACAAUAUCAGUUUAAUUUUGUGAAUUUGGUGAAAAGCUUGGAAAACUAGAAAGACUUAAAUGAGUUAAAGCUUCACCAGUCAACUGUAAAUAAAUUCGCUGUUGUAGUUUAUUUCUGUGCUAACUAGGUGUCUUUCUUCAAUUCUAUAUAUUCGUGUCAUUUAUUUAGUUUCUAAAUUUACUUUAUUGUAUUGUAUGUUAUUAUGAAAAAUUAAACUGAAGCAACAUUU